ACCAUGGAGACAGGCAGUGCCCCCACCCCAUCCCCAUCCCCAUGGUGGUGCUACCCCCAGGGCGCUGUGAGAGGCAGGUUGGUGGGGCCCUGGGGGACAAGCUGGCACUGCUUCUGCCCAGGUUGCAGCCAGCGAGCGACCAUCCCCGUGACCCCACCAGGUCUCGCACGUCCAGCCCCUCAGCGGGCCCCUCCCCAGGAGGGGAACGCGCCAAAACCCCCCUGAGGGGUGGGGGGGGCGUGUCCCGCGGGCCAACGGUCUCAUUCGCGGGAGUGCCGGGCCGGCCGCUGGGGCGUAACGGUCACUUAGCCUGCCCGGUCCCGUGCAGUCCGCUGGUGGCCACCGCUGCCUCCCUCGUCCUCGGAGCCGCUAUGGCGGGGGGUCUGGAUUCGCUGGAGAAAUGCCUGGAGCGGCACCUCCCCCCCGAGGAGCUCGGCGAAGUGAAGCGGAUCCUCUACGGGAGCCUGAGCAGAAAACUCGCCUUGCCGGCGGCGGCUCUGUCGGCCGCGGGCCAGAGGGCGUUUGAGCUGCAGGGCUGUGGAUUCGGAGCGGCGCCCGAGCAGCUGAGGCAGCCCCGCGUUGUCCGAGUGGGGCUGGUUCAGAAUAAAAUCCCCCUGCCCACAGAUACACCCGUGGCGGAACAGGUGGCUGCACUGCACAGGCGAAUAGAGGAGAUCGUGGAGGUAGCUGCAAUGUGUGGGGUCAAUGUGAUCUGCUUUCAAGAGGCUUGGACUAUGCCUUUUGCAUUCUGUACAAGAGAGAAGCUUCCAUGGACUGAAUUUGCUGAGUCAGCAGAAGAUGGUCUGACGACAAGGUUCUGCCAAAAGUUGGCAAAGAAACACAAUAUGGUUGUGGUGUCUCCAAUUCUGGAGAGAGAUGAUGUACAUGGAGGAACUUUGUGGAACACUGCAGUGGUGAUUUCAAACUCUGGAUCUGUCCUUGGGAAGAGCAGGAAAAAUCACAUUCCAAGGAUUGGAGAUUUUAAUGAGUCUACUUACUAUAUGGAGGGCAACACAGGGCACCCUGUGUUCCAGACUCAGUUUGGAAGGAUUGCUGUGAAUAUCUGUUUUGGGCGCCAUCACCCCCUGAACUGGCUCAUGUACAGUCUAAAUGGAGCAGAGAUUAUCUUUAACCCUUCAGCUACUACUGGAGAGCUCAGCGAGUCACUGUGGCCAAUUGAAGCAAGAAAUGCAGCUAUUGCUAACCACUGCUUUACAUGUGCCAUAAACCGAGUUGGAACGGUAAAUUAUAUGAAUGCAUUUACAUCUGGAGAUGGUGGAAAAGCCCACCAUGACUUGGGAUAUUUUUAUGGCUCGAGUUAUGUGGCUGCACCAGAUGGCAGUCGGACACCUGGACUGUCUCGCACACAGGAUGGGCUUUUGGUGGCUGAGGUGGAUCUAAACCUUUGCAGGCAAGUUGGUGACAAAUGGAGUUUUAAGAUGACUGGUAGAUACGAGAUGUAUGCAGAGGAACUCAUGAAGGCUGUCCAGCUUAACUUUGCACCCAAUAUUAUUAAAGAGUAACUGUGGCGGUGUCCUCUGGUAGGAGAGCUCUCACACCAAGAUGAUAGCACCUUCUUUAUAAAACAAAAGUGAUCUAUGUAUGUUAGUCUGCAAAAGUCUCCACCUUCUAUUAUCUUACAGUUGGUAUUGCAACUGAAACUUGGCUGCUAGUCAAAGUGAAAAGUGACUGCUAGUCAAAAGUUACUAUAAAUUUUUAUAAAGCACUUACUGCAAAGUGAUGAACAAAUGAUAGAGGGCAGGGUGAGGAACUCACCUGGUCAGAUUUAGCUUAAAUUCAGAAAUGUGCAUUAUACUGUAUGAGGUGUUGGUGAAAAGGUGAUAUAGCAUAAGCAAAACCAGUCUGGCCCUGUGGAAAUGCUAGUGCGCUUUCCCUACAUGCUUUGUUGCAGUGGGAUAAAAAUGUCAAUGCUUAAAGGCUUUGUCUGAGACCUUCUGACACAUGUAGUCUCCUUUUCUUUGGACGCUGAAUCAGUCAUAUGGUUCAGAAGAGUAUCAGGAAUACAGGCACUGGCUCUUCGUACUUCCCAAAAGGAAGCGCUAGAUAAGGAACUGACUGUAUUUCCCCUCACUUCACAUGAUAACUUUACAUUGUCACAAGUAGCUGAACGCUCCUGCUGUCACACAGGUCUAAUUUGUUAAGUCAUGUUUAUGAAAAAGCCAAAAAUGGCUCUAAACAAAAACUGCCAUUCAGCUAUUCUUGUAGCUCUUUCCAUUCCUUCACAUUGACGCAGACAUUGUAAGCUUCAGAGUGAUGUUUGGAGUUAGUGUGCCUGCUGGUUGUGUCUAUUUGUGUGUGGAUUGUGUCGUGCUGGGAGAGUUGUGUAGAUUUCUCCAGGCUGGGAAUGAGGAGGGUGGCUGUAGUGAGAGGCUAUGUGUGUUUGGGAUUCUUGUGUGUGGGUUACAUUGUGUUGAGAGAUUUGUAUUGAUUUUUGUGUCUGUGGCAGUUGGGCCAGGUAAUCCAGCAUUUGUGCAGUUUCCUUAGUACAGCCAAUGAAAUUAUUGCAUGCAAAUUAGCUGUAGAAUAAGGUUGGUUGGUUGCGUUACCUCUGAUAUCACAAUGGUCUCGAACUCUUGGCGUAGAGAUGCAUGCCUUACUAUAGCUGUGCACCACACAGGUGUAAUACGUAAGGUCAAAAUGGCUGAGAACUUAAAAAUUGGAUGGUAGUAGGCCAUGAAACCCAGUGAUGAUAGAACCUGGUGAUAUUCUAAACAAACAGAGCUUUCAAGCCAUGCUUGGACCUGCUGCCAUUGCUUCACACUGACUCAACAGACAUUUUAGGCUUCAGAGUGCCAUUCCUAGAAUCUUCUUAUAUGGAUGCUGCCACAAUACAUAUUUCAGCUUGGGGACAUUGUACCUCUUAGGUUAUUUAUCUUGCUGGGGAGGUAAUGCCCUUAGCCUUGCUGUUCCACCAUCUGACUCCUUAGAGCCGGGGUGCCAAACAUAUGGCCCAUAAUCCUACACAUCCCACCAGAGCAUUCAUAAGGCCCACAGCGGGACUCAGGCUGUCAGCCCUGGGUGGCAGGACUCCCACUGUUACCUGAAAUCUUAUUAAAAUAUGUAGAAUCUGUUUGGCCCACACAAGGUUGUCUUAGAUUUCUGUGGCCUUCUAGUAUAAUAAGGUUGGGCAGCACUGCCUUAGAGAAUUGGUGUAUCUAAAUUGGUGGUUUAAAAAAAUGAACUGCAUGUUCCAUGUACUAGUUUUACAGGGGAAAAUACAGAAGGAAAAUAUCUGGCCAAAAACGGAGUGGCUGAAGUUAGGUUCUUAUGUCAGUGCUCAAAUAAGGAUUUAGGAGCCUAAUUUUUGGCAACCAUUUUUAACUCUCUCGUGAAGAAAGAUUUAAAAUGAAAUGUGUAUGGUUUGGCUUGGCUUAGUGAAGAUGAAAGGGACCUGGGGGCUAUAGAAAAACCUUUGAGUGAGCCAAGGGUCUAAAAGUAUAUAGGGCCUGGUCUACAGUACGCGGUUCUUUUGGAAUUAGCCGAAUUACCUCGAAAUAAAACUGAUUCCAUCCACACGACCAAACCAGUUUUUUCGAUUUAAAGGGCUCUUUACUCCAAUUUCUGUACUCUACCUCGGCAAGUGGAGUAGCACUAAGAUGGAAUAAAAAUGAGAAAAAGAUUUGUUUGUAGAACUCCCAAUAAAAAAAUGUAAGGGUAUCAUUUUCUUAAGACAGGUUUCAGAGGAACAGCCGUGUUAGUCUGUAUUCGCAAAAAGAAAAGGAGUACUUGUGGCACCUUAGAGACUAACCAAUUUAUUUGAGCAUGAG